AUGUCAACAAGCCUCGUGUGGCGUCCACGGUGCGAGUUCCAACUAGAAGAAGUCGGCAGGAUGCGUUGCUUGAAGAGAAUCCAUCACCACCACCCGUCAGCCGUCGGAGGACCUCUCGCAGUCCAACUCCAUUUCGACGUUCCAUCGCAGGAGACAGGUGUGCUGAGAGCAUCCUCAUCAAGCAAAAGAGUGAGCAGGUGGGAUGCCACAACUUCUGUCGAGCAACAGAGG